AUGUCUUCCAACAACAUCACAGAGGAGGUUCACAACGAAUGGAAAACUGUAUGGAUGAGCUUUAUGGCAGGAGCAUCGUCCUCUCUAUUAACCUAUGCGUUCCGAAAAUUUUGGAAUUCUACCAUUCACAGUGAUGAUUUAAAUGCUGCCAAAACAGGAGCGAUCGUUGCCUCCUCCACAGCCGAUCGACGCAAGCAAAUCAAGAAGGAAUUGAUCAUAAUUUCAAAAGUUGGAAUUUAUGGAGGAGUGUUGUGGUCGACUCGAUCCUUCGUGACUCAAUUCCUAAUGCCUGUUCGUGAUCGAUCCGUGUCGACUCAAACCUCCAUGUACGUUCAUGUACUGGCAGGCAGUGUGAGUGGUGCCAUGGAGAGGCUUGUGGCUUACUUGUGUGGAGAUACUCUCUCAUUCCAAACCAUGGGUAGACUCAUCGGAAGAAGUACUUUGAGUUAUGCUCUUUAUCGUUGGUUGAGUUCUCGUCAAGUCUUGCAACACAUUUUGGUAUCUAGUGUGGUUAGUGUGGGAGAGAAUAAUGGAUCGUCAACUUCACCAACAACAACACGAGAGGUCUCACACUGGUUGGGCCACUUUCUGACGGCAGCUGUUAUUUCGAUUGGAACUCAUUUGUGUUGUAAUUUUGCGUCGUAUCGUUCGAGUGCUCAUUAUUUGAAUUAUUUCAAUUUGCUCAGGGAAGGUAUUGCUGGAGGCAUUGUUUACACGAGCUAUGAAAUGGUUUUAGAUGAGCUCAAGGAAAUGAAGAAUGCACGAAUCACCAGUAUGUCGUCUCAAUAA